AUGGAGGAAUAUAAGAUCAUUCUAUGCAGGUUAAAUGUAACUACAAAACCUCUAAAGUAGAGGUCAAAGGCCAUUGUAAUAUUGCAAAACCAUUUUGUAAUAUUUAUAACAUUAUGACUUAAAUUGAAUGGGAAUAAACAGAUGUUUGCUAGAGAUAAAAUGUAUAUAAAUGCAUAUCUUUGGUAUUAUUGUGUGUUAGCCGAGAUGAUUCUAACAGCAAAUACAAUUGGUAGUGUCUUCUUCCUGCUUUACACUUUUAUCUUAUGUAGAGCUUCUGAUAAUUUAAAACCCGUGGAUAAUACAAUUGCUUGUGGAUCCAAUCAACCUUUAAUCGUGAGACAAACGUUCGGAUUUUUGAUAUCUCCAAAUUUUAAUAAAUUUCGUUAUGUUCCACACUUUGCUGACUGUUCUUGGACUUUAGAAAGUCCUCCGGGAAAGGUUCUUACAAUAAAAGUCAUAGAUUUUAGUCUAAACUUUAAAUGCUCCGAGUCCAGUGUUCGGGUUUAUGACGGAGAAGACGAAAAUUCUGAAUUAUUUGGGAUUUUCUGUGGUACCUGGAUAUUUAGGAGAUUCGUUUCGACCGGAAGACAUCUUCAUAUUAAAUUCAAUAGUUCUGAUCGAUCGUACCACGAAGGAUUUCGAUUUUACUUUGAGCAUGACGAUCCUAUAGUUUCUUGCAGUGAUAAUGAAAUCACUUGUCGCAAUCAAAGAAAAUGCGUAUCAGAUGAAUAUAAAUGCGAUGGAAGAAAUGAUUGCAUUGAUGGAACCGAUGAAGAAGAUUGCGUGGAUACAAUCAAUAAAGAACCAUCUCCCUAUUGCGGAAUUCCUGUGAUUCCACCAAUCAAAGGUAACGAUAGGAUUGUAGGUGGAAGAGAAGCGGUACCUAACAGUUGGCCUUGGCAGGUAUCUUUAGUCAAACCAGACAUGGAUCCAUUUGGUCAUCAGUGUGGUGGAAGUCUUAUCAACAAUCAAUGGAUUUUAACAGCUGCUCAUUGCUUCAGGAAGGCUAUAGAUCCAGAGUUGUGGGUGGUAAUUUCCGGUAAACAUAAUAAACUUGUAAAAGAUGAAACGGAGCAAUAUCGAUACGUUAAAUCCAUUCAUCCUCAUCCCGAUUAUCGCGGUUAUGAGCCAUAUAAGGCAUCCAUUCCUUGGUUACGAAGAAUGGCCAACGACAUUGCUCUAGUGAAGUUGAAUGCUCCCAUCGAAAAUAAUAUGUAUGUGUCUCCAGUAUGUGUUACUAAUAAGGACUUCGACAUAUCUGAAGGGAGUAUGUGUUAUGUCACAGGUUGGGGUGAAACAUAUGGUACUGGCUAUGAAAUGGUAUUGAAACAAGCCAUGGUUCCAAUAGUAGAUCGAGAUAUUUGUAGAAAAAGUUAUCCGUAUUAUAAUGUUGGCGAUAAGAUGAUAUGUGCCGGUUACAGUAGAGGUGGUCACGAUGCGUGCAAAGGUGAUAGCGGUGGUCCUCUGGUUAUGUUUAACGAGAGCAGAUGGAUUCAAGUAGGUAUUGUUUCGACAGGUGGCAUCUGUGGAGAAAAGUCACAACCGGGAAUAUACACGGAAUUAACCCAUUACGUGGAUUGGAUACGCUCGACACUGUGGACAAAUUAAGUAAAAUGACUGGAAAUUUGUUAAUAUUUCCGAUUACAAGUAAUUUUUAAUUUUUAUACAAUAAAAACAACUAAGACAACGAAAAAAAUCUGUAUACAUUUACAAAUGCAAAGUACAGUACAUAUGCUUAAAAAACAAUACCUUGCAGCUUUCGUAUGUUGCAAUUUUUCACAAAAUUCGAAUUAAACUUAUACUUUAAUCU